AUGGAAUCAAUGGAAUAUGAGCUCGCUAGGAACCUCACUCUGUUGUUUUUCGUGGAGCGCCUGCUCGAUAAAGGCGAGCCGAGAACGUUGCACGAUCUUUCCUGUCAGUUUGGUGCCAAAGGUUUCACUAAGGAGAUGCGUCAGAUCGCUGGCGGGUCCCAGUCGGGUCUGAAGAAGUUUCUGGGCCAAUAUCCCGCGUUGUUCAACAUAGACGGGGACUAUGUCGAUAUCAACACGUUCCAGCGGCACCCGAGCGGCGCUGGCUCCUCCUCAAACAACGACUACAUCGAAGAGGCGAAGGAAUAUUUCGCCAGUAAGAUGAUACAGUACGGCGAUGGAACCGAAGUACCUAUCAAAAGCCUCCUGGGCCACAGAAGCCAAGCAUCGCCACAAGUGCGUCACAUUUCUGGGCAGCGCAUCAAAGAGUUCAAGGACUUCCUCAUGAAGCACCCGGACACCUUCCAAAUUAUCGAAGAUAACGUUGUUCUAGUCAGUGAGAAUCAUAGACGUGAUCAUUCACAUGCUAACUCGGAGCAGUUUCACAAUCUCCCUGUUCCGAACAUCAAUACGGACACGGCUCAGCAGCUCCUAGACUACGUCGCUCAGUGUAUUGAAGCUAAAGGCCCAGUGAUGGUAGAUCAACUGUUCCACUUAAUUGUGUCCCGUUUCCCACAAGAAUACUGGUAUCAGAUGUUCAAAACACCAGCAGACUUAAGUGCAUUUUUAAAGAUAUUCUCUGAUAGCUUUCAUGUUCAAGCAAACCUCGUGACACUCAUUAGUAAACCAAAAAUACCUGUAAUGUAUCUGAAUGCAAAAGCUAAAGGUAAGACUGAUCCACCAAAGCCAGUUGUGGAGGAGGCACCCGUCUCUCCAGUUCCUCCGCUUGCUGUUAGUCCGACACCUUCCGACGGCAUGAAGAGUCCCGCCAACAGAAUACUCAGUCCUGUCGAAUCUCCUAGAAGCCAACAAGCCAAUAUAGCAAAUCAGACCUUAAAACAAAGAAUUAACUCAAUUGUUAUUAAAAAUUUAGCUGAAAACAUGGUUAGAGACAGAGUCAACAAUCAUCUUAACCGAGCGGCCGAGGAAACAAAUGGAAUGAAAAACAAUAUGAUGGGUGAGGCUUGGAGGCAGAAAGUACUGCAAAGUGCAACCGUCAUUGCUAAUGCAAGAGAAUGUGCAACAUUAGUAGACAGCAUCAUUGGUGGUAAACGCACCACAAAAAGCAUUGUAUCCUUUGAUUGCGAAGGCAUAAAUUUGGGACUAAAGGGUGUAUUGACCCUAUGUCAGAUAGCUACAAUGAAUGGUGAAGUAUAUUUACUCGACAUAUUGGCAUGUCCGGCUAUGGUUGUUGAAGGAAAAAUUAAGGAGUUACUAGAAAGUGAGUGCGUUGUUAAAAUUAUUCAUGACUGUCGCAAUGACUCAGUCAAUUUAUAUAAUCAGUUUGAAAUCACUCUGAAGAAUGUAUUUGACACUCAGGCCGCCCAUGCCGUUCUACAAUUACAACAACAAGGUGUUCCUGUUUAUAAAGUUAAAAAUCUUAGCCUGAAUGCUCUUUGUGAAUUAUAUAAUGCUCCGAUGAAUCCUAUGAAGGAACAGUUAAAGAAUGUCUAUCGCAGGGAUCAGAGAUAUUGGGCUAGACGCCCUCUUACUAAAGACAUGAUAAUCUAUGCAGCCUCUGAUGUACUGUCUCUUGUGAAUCCAGCCAUCUAUGCCUAUAUGUCUGCUAAUAUUAACCCAGAAAAUCAACAGCUCUUUGAGGAAUUAUCAAAUGAACAAGUAUUCAUGCACAUACAACCAACAGAAGUGAAAUUACGCAAACGACAGAGAAAAAUAAACACAGAAGUUGGAGAAUUAAAGCUUAAAUUGGCCGAAUCUACUAAGAAUAUUGUUUUAAGUAAUAGGGAAAUAAGAUUACUGAGGUAUUUGGAACUUACUGAAGAAGAAAAAGAAAAGCUGAAAGGUUGUCACAAAAUAUCUAAGAAACUGGAAAAACUGGAGGCUAUGGGCCAGGACAAGGACAGCGAUUCUGAUGACGACGAAAAGGAAAAUGAAAUGACCAGCCUGGAGUCGAACCCUUCAGACUCUAUAUCAUCCCCACACUCAACACAACCACCCAGCCUAACAGAAUCCAUGCAGAUGAUGGACGAAAUAUUAUCAGAUACGAAUAUGGAUAAGGUGGAAAAAAUCAAUCGUCUUGAGGCUAUCCUCUCCGCGGUGGCACCAUUGAGCGGCGAACUCGAAGAUAAGUUCUCAAGAACCAUGGAACAGACACUACCACUGCUCAAGAACAAGGAUUGGUCGAAUCUGAGCCAAAUCUUGAACAUCGGUGACACCGACAGAAAGAACUGCUGUUGUAAAUGCCAUAACUCAAACUUCGACGAUGUUAAGUGCAAUGAUCUCAACGAAACUAAGAAGGCGGAGAUAGCUUCGCAGACUCUGAGCACGGGGGACAUCGUCAUAACGAGAAUUCACUUCAGGGAAGAGGACAAACUCAACGAGAGGACGAUCGACGCGUCCCCUUUCAGUAAGAGGGUAGGUAUCAACAACGUGUCCUGA